UUGCUCCUAAUAACAAUUUUGCCUGCCAUCCGGGCCCCCUGCAGCGACCGCUGUCGGGGGCAGCUGCCGGGAGCGGAUUUGCCGCUAUGCCGAAUGAGCCGGAGAUGGCGCGCAUGAACACCAAGGAGGUAGGAGAUGGUGCGGCGGUGAACAGGUUGUACGAGGGUGCGAUCUGCAUCGUCCUGGCCGCAGGCUUCUCAAAGGUUGAGAAGGAGCUGGAGGAUGCUCAUGGGGAGGACCUCGCAGGCCUGCCCAAGGCGCUCCUGCCAGUGGCUGGCAAGCCCAUGCUGGAUCACUGGUGGGAGUACCUCUUCCAGAACCGGCUGAUCUCGGACAUCUUCUUGGUUAGCAAUGCUUUGAAGUACAAGCACUUUGAGCGCUGGGCCACUGCCAAAGGCAUCGCAGUGAGCCGAGUGGUCAACAGCGGCGCGACCGCAGUGGAGAAGGGUCGAGGAGUACUUAGAGACGUCGAGUUGGGUUUGCGUCGUGCUCAACAGGUCCUUGGGCAGAUAGACAGUAGAGAUGUUGUCGUCUUUGCGGGUGACACUCUCUUCUUCAAGGACUUCGACUUGCAAAGGAUAUUGGACUUUCACUUCUACAAGGGUGGCUCCCUGAUGCUUUACUACGGUCGCCGGGAUGCAGACAACACGGCAGAGCGUGGGAUGUGCGAGGUGGACGUCCAAACAAGCAAGGUGGUGUCCUUUGUGGAGAAGCCGGCGCCGGGCCAGCGGGGCUCCGACUUCCCUUUCGUGUCGCCCCUGUUUUAUAUCCUGGAGCCAAAGGCUUGGAAGAAGAUCCCCGAGUUCAACUCGCAGCUCCUCACGCGGAGCUGCUCGCUGACCUCCUUGGCCGGCGGGGGUUCCUUCAGCUUUGGCCGCUUCGUGCAGUACGCCGUUGGCGAGAUGAAGUUGCCCUUCUGGGGCAUGCGCAUGCCUGGAGCCUUUCACUUGAUUGGUGCUUCCACCGGCCUCGAGGAGUAUCGGCAGCUGGAUCGAACAUUUUCCUCAAUGAGCCGUGGCCAAGACGGCUUGGCUCCAGGCCGCAUCCGAACCAAGACGUACGCACGUGUUGGACUCAUGGGCAACCCCAGCGAUGGCUUCAACGGGAAGACCUUGUCCGUGACCAUCCGCAACUUCUGGGCAUCUGUGGAGCUUUGGGAGUCCCAGCAGCUCAGGCUGCUGCCACAUCCAUUGUUCGACCCCUCCACUUUCAGUGGCCUCGCAGACUUGCACUUCAUUGGACGCCGGGAGGGCUACUACGGGGGCAGCCGGCUGCUGAUGGCGACUUGCAAGCGCUUCCAGGAGCUUUGCACCAGUCGGGGCAUUGCGCUGCCUAGCAAGAACUUCACGAUGCGCUAUGACACGAAUAUUCCGCGGCAAGUGGGCCUGGCUGGCAGCAGUGCCAUCGUGAACUCAGCGUUCCAAGCUCUUUUAAGCUUCUUCAACCUGUCCUCAGAGCACAUCCCCUUGGAGCUGCAGCCUAGCUUCAUCCUCUCGGUGGAGUCUGAGCUGGGCAUCCAGGCUGGCCUGCAAGACCGCGUGGUGCAGGUCUACCAAGGCUUGGUGUUUAUGGACUUUGACGCCAAGCACAUGAAGGAGCAUGGCUAUGGCCAGUAUGAGCGCUUGCCCCGCGCCUCCUUUGAAUGGCUUGCCUCUCUACCCUUCUUCAUCGCUUACGAGGCGGACCCCUCUGACUCUGGCAAGAUCCACUCCAACAUCCGCGCAAGAUGGGACGCCGGAGAUGAAGAGGUGCUGACUGCCAUGAAGAACUUUGGAGAGCUUACCCUGAAGGCACGGACGGCCAUUGAGAACCGCGACCACGCAGCCUUGGCGGAUCUCAUGGACCAGAACUUCAAUCUUCGAAGGACGCUCUACGGCGAUGCCUGCUUGGGUUGGAAGAAUUUGCAGAUGGUCGAGAUCUGCAGGCGCUGCAACUCUGCGGUGAAGUUCCCGGGCAGCGGCGGCGCAGUGCUGGGACUGUGUCGAGAGGAGCCGCGAGCGAGCGUCGAUGCCAUGGACAAGGUGCAGGAGGCUUUGGAGGCGGAAAAUUAUGUCUUCUGCCCCCUGGACUUGGUGAUGCCGGAGGGCCUCUGAGGUUUAGCCACGCGUCAACAAGCAAGUCCUUUCUUUCACACA